GCAAUGAAGACUGCAAGGAAGGCGUCUGAGUAUGAGGACUGUUCCACUGCCAGUGUCAUGCAGGGAUGCGCGAUAUGAGAAGAAGAGGAGAGGGGGGAAGAAAGGCUGGUAGUGGCUUACUAUACGGGUUGCGGUGCAGUAUAUGUUGAACUCGGUAUAUGUUGAACUAGCGCGCGUUGACGGCAAGAGACAGUUACAGCUAAUAACUUGAAGUCAGAGGGAUGGCCGGAGCAAAGCUGACGCCGUCACCCUCUGAAAUAAACCCAGACGUCAUGAAAACUGUGACACAGGGGGCUCCAGAACCGACCUGGGUUAAUCCGACGAUGCCUACCUGGAGGCUGGACUCUUUCGGCAGCGAAGCUGGGCAAAGGGUGCAGGUGGAGUUCUAUGUGAAUGAGAACACUUUCAAGGAGAGGCUGAAACUAUUCUUCAUCAAAAACCAAAGAUCAAGUCUCAGAAUCCGAAUCUUCAACUUUUGCCUGAAGCUGCUGACAUGUCUCCUGUACAUUGUGCGCGUUAUGCUGGACAAUCCUGCGGAGAUCAGAUCCGAAUGUGUGGACUGCCAGCUGAAUGAGACCACAUACUCCACAGAGAUCAACUGGGAGGUGAUAUUCUGGGUGGACAGGAAGGUCUCUGUGUGGGCAAUACAGGUGAUUGUGGCCUUAAUCAGUUUCCUGGAGGCCAUGUUGCUGACAUACCUCAGCUACAAGGGGAACAUUUGGGAGCAGAUUUUCCAGGUGUCCUUUCUCCUGGAAAUGAUCACCACAGUGCCCUUCAUCAUCACAAUAUUUUGGCCUCCACUGAGAAACAUCUUCAUCCCGGUGUUUCUCAACUGCUGGCUAGCUAAGUGUGCACUGGAGAAUAUGAUUAACGAUCUUCACCGAGCCAUACAGAGGACUCACUCUGCCAUGUUCAACCAGGUCCUCAUCCUCAUCUGUACACUACUCUGCCUGGUUUUCACAGGGACAUGUGGAAUACAACAUCUUGAGAGAGCAGGGAAGAACCUCUCUCUGUUCAACUCCCUCUAUUUCUGCAUAGUCACCUUCUCCACUGUGGGUUAUGGUGAUGUCACCCCACAGAUUUGGCCCUCCCAGCUCCUAGUGGUCAUCAUGAUCUGUGUGGCUCUAGUAGUGCUCCCUCUACAGUUUGAGGAGCUGAUGUACUUGUGGAUGGAGAGGCAGAAGUCAGGCGGGAACUACAGCCGCCACCGCGCGCAGACAGAGAAGCACGUGGUGCUAUGCGUCAGCUCACUCAAGAUCGACCUGCUCAUGGACUUCUUGAACGAGUUCUAUGCUCACCCCAGACUGCAGGAUUACUAUGUGGUGAUACUCUGUCCAACGGAGAUGGACAUCCAGGUGCGCCGUGUCCUGCAGAUUCCUCUCUGGUCCCAAAGGGUCAUCUACCUGCAGGGCUCUGUUCUCAAAGACCAGGAUUUGAUGAGGGCAAAAAUGGAUGAUGCAGAGUCUUGUUUCAUCCUCAGCAGCAGGAAUGAGGUGGACCGCACAGCAGCUGACCACCAGACCAUUCUGAGGGCCUGGGCCGUGAAGGACUUCGCCCCAAACUGCCCGCUCUAUGUCCAGAUCCUCAAGCCGGAGAACAAGUUUCACGUGAAGUUUGCUGAUCAUGUGGUCUGCGAGGAGGAGUUCAAGUACGCCAUGUUGGCUUUGAACUGCGUGUGUCCAGCCACGUCCACGCUGGUCACACUGCUGGUCCACACGUCCCGCGGACAGGAGGGACAGCAGUCUCCGGAACAGUGGCAGAGGAUGUAUGGCCGUUGCUCAGGCAAUGAAGUGUACCAUAUCCGGCUCGGUGACAGCAAAUUCUUUGGGGAGUACGAUGGCAAGAGUUUCACCUACGCCUCCUUCCACGCACACAAGAAGUAUGGUGUGUGCCUGAUCGGGGUGAAGAGGGAAGACAACAAAAGCAUACUGCUGAACCCGGGUCCCCGGCACAUCAUGGCUGCCUCCGACACCUGCUACUACAUCAACAUCACCAAGGAGGAGAACUCCGCCUUCAUCUUCAAGCAGGAGGAGAAACACAAGAGGAAGGGGCUGUCCUCGGGCAGGGCCUUUGAGGGCCCCUCCCGCCUCCCUGUCCACAGCAUCAUUGCCAGCAUGGUUGAUCAGUCCACUGCUUAUGGGACGGUGGCCAUGGAUCUGCAGAACACGAACCCGCCAGACAGCGACGGCAGCAAGCUGGCGCUGCCCGCCGAGAACGGCGCCGGGAGCCGGCGUCCCAGCAUCGCCCCCGUCCUGGAGAUUGCUGACUCCGCCGCCAUCCUGCCCUGCGAUCUCCUCGGUGACCAGUCAGAGGACGAGGCCACCCAGUCAGACGACGAGGGCUCGUGUGCCUCGGAGUAUGUGAAAGGAUAUCCUCCUAAUUCCCCCUACAUUGGGAGUUCCCCCACCCUCUGCCACCUGUUACCUGAGAAAGCGCCAUUCUGCUGCCUACGGCUGGACAAGGGCUGCAAGCACAACAGCUUCGAAGACGCCAAAGCAUACGGUUUUAAGAAUAAGCUGAUCAUUGUCUCUGCUGAGACAGCGGGGAAUGGGCUGUACAAUUUCAUCGUUCCUCUUCGUGCCUACUACCGCCCCCGAAAAGAACUGAACCCCAUUGUCCUGCUCCUGGACAACCCGCCAGACAACCACUUCCUGGAAGCCAUCUGUUGUUUUCCCAUGGUUUACUUCAUGGCUGGAACCAUUGACAACUUGGACAACCUGCUGCAGUGUGGGAUCAUCUACGCUGACAACCUGGUGGUAGUGGACAAGGAGAGCACCAUGAGUGCGGAGGAGGACUACAUGGCCGAUGCCAAAACCAUCGUCAAUGUCCAGACCAUGUUCAGGCUGUUUCCCAGUCUAAGCAUCAUCACUGAGCUCACCCAUCCGUCCAACAUGAGGUUUAUGCAAUUCCGAGCAAAGGACUGCUACUCCCUGGCUCUAUCCAAACUGGAGAAGAAGGAACGUGACAAGGGCUCGAACCUGGCCUUCAUGUUUCGCCUCCCGUUCGCCGCCGGCAGGGUAUUCAGCAUCAGCAUGCUCGACACGCUCCUGUACCAGUCAUUUGUGAAGGACUACAUGAUUCCUAUCGCGAGGCUUCUUUUGGGCUUGGACACCACACCUGGGUCAGGCUACCUGUGUGCGAUGAAGGUGACUGAGGAUGAACUGUGGAUCCGCACCUAUGGGAGGCUGUUCCAGAAGCUCUGCUCCUCCAGCGCCGAAAUACCCAUCGGGAUCUACCGUACUGAGUCACACAUGUUCACCUCGUCGGAGUCCCAGAUCUCCAUAAAUGUGGAGGAGUGUGAGGACACCAAGGACCGACGGGAGUCGUGGAAGGAGAAGAGCGCCCACCGCAACUCCACGGGCAGCGAUCAGUCGGAGCACCCGCUGCUGAGGAAGAAGAGCUUACAGUGGGCGCGACGCCUGAGCAGGAAGAACACCAAGCCUGCUACCCGGGCCGAGCGGAUCACCCAGCAGCGCCUAAACCUGUACCGCCGCUCCGAGAGGCAGGAGCUGUCCGAGCUCGUCAAGAACCGCAUGAAGCAUCUCGGCCUGCCCACCACUGGAUACGAGGACGUAGCUAAUUUAACUGCAAGCGAUGUGAUGAAUCGGGUAAACCUAGGAUACCUACAAGUGGCGCACACAGACGAAAUGAAUGACCACCAGAACACACUGUCCUACGUCCUGAUCAACCCCUCCCCAGACACCAGGCUGGAGCUCAACGAUAUUGUAUACCUGAUACGCUCAGACCCGUUGGCUCACGUACCCAAUGACCCCCCAGCGAGGGCAAGCUGCUUGAGGAUGAGGCAGGAGCUGGGAGCAGAGACCCGGGACGAGACCCAGCUCUGAGCUAUGUCCCUGCCCCUUGCCCCUGCACGUGCCCCCCUACAUCGCCCUCCCGUGCCUGGCCCGACAACGGGCAAACCACCAAAAACAGAGUCCGCCCGCGUGGUGCCAAGAGCAUCUCACGAUCGCAGGAACCACCGGCAAUGCAUGCAGCUCCUCCUGUGCUGGAGGCAGGGGGCAGUGCCUGUGAGAGGGGCAGGGCCAGCGGUAGGGAUGUGGAACCAGAGGGGAGAGCUCGCCAAAGCAGCACAAGUCUGGACGUUGAACUCGGGAAUGUCCUCAUUGUCCUUCCAUCCGAAAAGAGCCCCUUGAACCCCCACUACCCCUCAAUGAAAACAGAAGUUUCCUGUGUGCUGUUCUCAUCACCAUUCUAGAUACUGAAAGUUUAUGGAGUGCUGGCCGUGUGCAGCUGCCCCAUGCCCCUCUCUUUCAGUCACCAGUGCUCUCCAAGAACCCCUGGAACAGAUCACCCGUUGACAGCAUGUGGUGCAGAAUGCCUUGUGACCUCGUCAUACCUGCUGGGUUCAGCACAGCCAAACAAUGGCUAUAGUCUUGUGAAACAGAAAAGGCCUAUGAUGCCACUGUUCCUCCUGUCCUUGUCGGACAGACGAAUCUCACGGACGCGCUCAAGUUCUGAAUAGAUGAUGCACUGUGGAGCAUCCAUCCUCUUGAAUUUGGCCUUACUCAGGGUUCUCCCAGGAAAGCAUCAUGCAACGUAAAAGGUCCACUGACUUGAGCAGAUUAUGACCCCUUGAGUUUACGUUCCUUCCUACAUUUAUCCUAAGGAAACUCGUUUCGUUAUGGUUUUGUGGUCCUAUUCAUUUUUGCUGGCAUAUCUACAUUAUCUCACACGGGAAGAUGUAUUGCACAUAACACACUGCCAGCUACCCACCACAUCAUAACCAAGGUAGCACAGUUACACUGCAUUUGUUCAUGAACAGUUCAUACCCUCAACUUUGGUUCAGUUUAUCGCAUAUUCUGUUUCCACACAUGACAUUCAUAUCUACUUGCAUAGUAUCACAUAUUUUACAAUGAUGCCUAUGAAAGGGACCCCUACCAGAGAUGGGGACAUGUUUACUGAUAAGUACUGACUACUUGCUGGAAUGUUGCAAUUUUACAGCUGUGUGUAAAUGGCACCUCAGAGGUUGUUUCCUCUCCUCUACUGCAUUUCUAUUGCACUCCAUCAUAUAGAGCUGUCAAUUUUUUGCAUUGGAAGUCUGACAAAACAUGAACGUUUAUAUGAUGUCACUGUUUCGAUGCUGUAAAACUUAAUGCCUGUUGUUGGUAAUCUUGGUUUACUGAUUUAGGGUAUGAAGUUCUCUUAGAUUUGAAAAAGGAAGAACUACCACAUUCCACUCUUUUGUUUAUUGCUAUGAAAAUACUAAUUUUUCUGUAUAUUUUUCUAUGUUGUAAAUGCAAGAUAAUUAGUGGUAACGUUUUUGAAUCUUUGUACUCCAUCUCUUGGGGUAGCUCUGGCUCUUGUAGGGUGAAAUCUUGGUUUCUGAUCUCUGGUAGAACAUACAGAAGUAGACAUUGUGUAAGCUGUGUUAUUUUGACAUUUGGAGAAUUUAGCUUACCUGAUUGUGAUCUGUUGGGUGAUACUUUUCAAUACAUGUCAUUAGCACUUUAUGAUCGUUGCUGUUUAGCAUUUUAUCAUUACAUAACUGAAGGAAUGGCUGUGUUUUCUGCUGAGGGGUGGUGAGUGAGUGCACUAAUUUGUGUAUAUUGAGUGUGUGACAAUGGGUCUUCAGAAUCAGAAAGUAGCAGCAAAGCUUCCUUUGAUGAAGGUAUGAGCCUUUAGGAAUACCAGACUAAAUACUCUUUAUGGUAUUUUCAUUCUGACAGUGAAGCAGCGCCAGGUUGUUCUGGACAACACAGCCUACAGUAUUGUUUGGGGGUAAGCUGAUGCCAAGGGAAAUUAUAUGUGGAGUUAUACAUUACAGAAAUGGCACAAAAAAUUAGGAAAAUGGUGACUAUCAGAUUGAAAAAGCCUGAUUGAAGAUAGAGAGGAGGGAUUACAGUUCUUAUUCACGUCUUAAUUUUUGUGACUCUCAAAUCAGUCUCUUGCUUGGGAAUAGAUACUUGAAAGAUUUGUUCUUGUGUUACAGUCAUCACAUUUGCUACACAUAAUGUAUACUUUAUGGGCAAUUUUUAGUGAUCUCCUGGUGUUCUCCUGGUGGUCAU